AAAUGUUUGAUUACAGACAUGGAAGUAGAUGUAUAAGAUUUAUUUCACAAUUCAAAAUUCCGAGAUCCGACUGUGUACUUCCUAAAAACUGGCGUAAGGUUAACGAUCCCAAACUUUGCGGCAUUCGAGAUAAGGGUUUAGUUCUUGGAGUGUAUUAUAAUGAAAACGUAGUAGGAGAAGGUACUAUACUAACGGCGAGUGCUCAAAAAUUUGAUAAAAAAUGUAAAGGUAAGCUUUGGAAUCAACUAAAACUUACACCGACACCCCGCCUCGGAGAAUAUAGAGUAUUUUAUGAUUUAGACCCUAUUUAUGGAUAUGUAGCUGUAGCCGGAUUAGGCUCUGAAUGCUUAGCAUUUAAUGAAGUAGAACAGUUGCACGAAAGUAAAGAAGCUAUAAGAAUAGCCGCAGGCAUUGGCACACAGGCCUUGUAUAAAUUUAAACCGUCUGCAAUUCACGUUGAAUCAUUCGGAGACGCUGAAGCAUCCGCAGAAGGAGCUUCUUUGGCAACUUGGAGGUUUCAAGAAUAUAGGAGUCCAAAAAGUGAGAUGGUUAUCCAAAAACCUAAGCUAGAACUUUUUGAUGACUGUGACUUUGAUGGUUGGAAAAUAGGUGAACUUAAAGCCGAGUCUCAAAACUUAGCCCGCUUUCUGCAAGAAAUGCCCCCAAAUAUUUUAAACCCAACAAAAUUUGCAAAACUGGCAGUUGACUUGCUUUGUGAACUGGAUAUUAACGUUGAAAUUAAGACUCAGGGUUGGGCAACCAGCCACGAAAUGGGUGGAUUCGUGGCCAUCGGUAAAUCGUCACUACAACCUCCACUUUAUGUUGAAAUAAGCUAUUACGGAGCUAAUGAACGUACAAGACCUAUAGUUUUAAUUGGGAAAGGAGUCACCUUUGACAGCGGUAGUGUGGACCUAAAAUCAUCAAAUGCACUUCGUCAUAUGAGAGGCGAUAUGGCUGGAGCGGCUUGUGUACUCGCUAUUACCCGAGCAGCAGCAUUACUUAAAUUACCUGUCAAUAUACGCGGUAUUUUGCCGUUAUGUGAAUUAAUGCCUAGUGGUAAAAGUCCUAAAUUUGGAGAUAUCGUAUCCAGCGCAAGUGGAAAAUCAAUACAUAUCAGACUUCCCUCUCGUGAAGGUCGCCUCUUGUUCGCAGAUAGCUUAGUGUACGCUAGAAAUUAUUGGCCUAAAAUGAUUUUAGAUAUAGGUACAAUGUCGAAGGAAUUAAUUUAUACGCUUGGUGGAGCUGCUUGCGGCUGCUACACAAACUCUGAGGAAUUAUUUUGUUACGCAGAAUCAGCCAGCAGUCAAACUGGUGAUAGGAUUUGGCGAAUGCCAUUAUGGAAAUUCUACGAAGAACGUUUAAAGGAUUGUCACGUUGCCGAUCUUGCUAACACAGCCACUAAUGAUUACGGAGACUCUCCUAAUUGUGCAGCUUUUCUUAAACAAUUUGUUUGUGAUAGUCAAUGGAUGCACUUUGACACUUAUAACGUUUCCUAUACAGAAGGUCACGAUUUUACUUAUCUACAGAAAGGAAUGACCGGCCGUCCCACAAGAACUAUCAUUGAACUGAUGUAUCAAUUGCUAGGUGAUGCUAAGUUGUGAAAUUGUUCUUAAAAACAUUAAAAAUAAGUAACAAAUUUUCGAAAAUGUUAUUAUGUCAAAUAAAAUUUAUAACUUA